AUGCUAUGCACUGAGGAUUCUUUGCAGCAUUAGUUGGAAACUGAAGAUAAUGUCUAAAUUAAUAUGGACAGCAAUUUGUUAAAAGAGAGCGAUGUUCACUUUUAUUCUGAAGUGAAUGAUUUGGAAAAAGAAGCAUUAGAUCGACUACAAAAGAUAAGAUAAAGAAUAAUUCACGAGGAUGAAAAUGAAUAAACACAAAAUACAAUUGAAUCUUCUCACGUAAAUUUGAGAAAUUAACAGGAUUUAGAUUAAAACCGCUAAAACAUCUAUGAAAAUCAGCAUUCUUAAGCUGAUUAAUAUUCCAAUUAGCAUGAUGCAAACAAUAAAAUUAACAGUAAAAAUCAUUUAAAUAGCAUAGAAAGCUCCAACAAUUUAAAGGAACAAUAUUAUUUCAAAUUGCCUCCGAAGGGGUCAAAAAGUAGUUUGAAUAUUGGAUCAACCAUCGCAGAUUCUCAACAUGUAAGAAAUAAGUCAAAAGAUUAAACUAGGAGCUCAGUUAAAUUUGAAGAAAAUAUUGAAAAAAAUACAUUUGAAAAUAAUACAAGAAACUAACAAGGAGUAGCAGCAGUAGCAGUUAAGAAUUAAAAACCUGGUUCCUCUCCUUUUUCAAAUUAAGAAAGCGCAUCAAUCUCUAAAAAAAAAUAUGAUAUAACUGAGUAAUAUAAAAGCUCAUAAGAUAAUCUAGACAAUUUGAAUUAACAAAAAGAAUAAAUGAAAUAUUCUCAAAAAGUAUCUAAAUCAUCUAUAUCUAAUUCACCAAUAUCAUAAAUUGUAAACAAAAAUAAUUAAGUAACAGCUUAAUAGCUUUAAAAUGAAACAUAAAAAGAGAAAACUUAAAAUAAAGUAGAAAGAUAAAUUGAAGAUAGGCUAAGGCGUUACGAAGUAUCACCUAAGAAACAAGAGCAGCAAGGUGCUUCUUAAAUUACUUUUUCAUCUUAGAAUAAAAUUCAAAGAAAUAGUAAUAAUUCAUUUAGUGCAUGCAAUAAGGCUGAUGAUACUGACUAGUCAGUUGAUGUUUCUUAGAUUGAGAAAUUAUAAUAGAAAGUAAUUGAAAGAAAAAGGAGUAUUGAUUAAAUAAAUGUCAAGCUAAGUGAGAAAUUGAAUUCUCCUUAGUCUGCUAUACAAUAAAGCAAAUCUCAAACUCCUUAAAGCGAUACUAUCUAGCAGAAAAAUAGGACUCCUUUCGAUCCAUAAUAUGAUGAGUAUUACUAAACAAACACAUCUCCUUCUAAUUUUAAUGCAAUGCAACAAUUUCCUCCUUAAACAAAUCCUUGUCCUUUCUUAACAGGAUAGCAGAAUAUUCCAGUCUAAGCUCCUAAUUAAUUUUUUUCUUCUGUUUCCUCUUAACAUAGACUCUCUGCAAUGGUCACUUAAUUAAGCCCUAAUAAUUAAUAAAAUUAGUUCUAACAUAAUGUCUAUGGAAAAGAAAAUCAAAUUAACUAAAGUACAAAUAGUGCAGGUAGUUUUUCUAAAGCAGUCAAUGAAAAACAAGGAAGUAUGAAUAAAAAAAAUAUUCAAAUGUAAUCUGAACACUCAACAAUUAAAGAUAGAGAUGAGACUUUAAAUUACUAAGAAGACACAAUUCAUGACCUGAGCAAAAAACUAGAGGCUGCAUCAUAAUAGUCAAAGAGACAGCAAGAAGAAAUAUAGCAGUUAAGAUAGAAAAUCUAAAACAACAAUUAAAUAAGCACUUAGAGAAAAUCCAAAGAUCAAUAAAAUCCCAAGGGAAGUUCAUCACUAAGAGUGUCUACUACAUCAUCCGUGAGAGGUUUAAUGCAAAAAAACACAAAGAGAACUUUCAACGAAAAAAUUAUAGUUGAAGGAGAAAGCGAUUUAGACGACAUGAGUAGCAGCAGAGAUAUUAUAGAUGAUGCCAUAUCAAUGACAGAAGAGAACUUAGAUUUGAAGAAUGAAAUUAUUCGUUUAAAAGAAAAGAUAGAAGAUAAAGAAAUAGAAAAUAAAAAGCAAUAUCAAAUGCUUUUAGAACAAAGAAAUUUGAUUAAAAAGUAAGAGAAAGAAAUAGAAGAUUUAAAAACAAAGUGCAAAGAAUUUGAAAUAGGAUACAGUAAUGUUUAGAAAGACGUUGAGUUGAUAGAAAAAUAAUAUUUCAUUAAAAAGUUAAAGGAGAAUAACAAUCUAGAAAACGAAAUGUAUUAGCAAUAUAACGAUGAAUUAGUUAAGGAAAAUAGUGAAAUAUUGCAUAAGGCUGCUAAGCUUUUAGAAAAAUAUAAAGAGUUAGAAUAUGAAUACAAGAAAUUGCUAAGUGAAAAAGAAGAAGAGCAACAUUGGAAGAGUGUCGUUUAGAAAAGAGACCAAGAAAUAUUAAACCUUAACAGGGAACUCAGUUAUAUAAGAUCUAAUUAGCUCAAGGAACUAAGUGAAUAUAAAGAUGUGAUCGACAGACUCGGAACUAAUCUUGAGACACAUGAUGUAAAGGAAAUAAUUAAAAAAUUUAUAGAAGUAUGUUCUCAAAAUAAAAAGCAUUUAGAAUUCCAAAAGUAGUUUUAUGAUAUUAUUUCAAGCUGCCAAGAUCCUUCAGUAAGGAAAAGCGAGCCUCUAGGAGCUAAAGAAUCAUGGGAUUUGUUUAAAAAGAUAUUCUAAGAUUACCUUGAGUUGAGAAAGAAAGAUAGACUUGAUAUAACCCUUGGUAACCUAUUGAUUAAAAGCUUAAAAAUUAAAUCCAGGGAGGAGAUUAUCCCUGAGUUUACAAAAAAAAUAAUGGAAAACGAAGCUUACUGCAACAUCAUUCACAAAGUAAAAUAUCAUCUAAAUAUAAACCAUGAUUGUUCCAUUCAAGAACUCUCUUAGUCAAUAGAUUAGCUUCUCUCCAAAAAAUUAUAUUAUAAAUGA